UUUCAAUGUUUCUAGUUCCUCUUUCUUUUUGGUUUUCUUUUUCUUCUAGUGCAAUCCACUAGUCUAGACAGAGAGAGAAAUGACGGCGGAGAUGCACUUGCCGCCUGGUUUCCGAUUCCAUCCGACGGACGAGGAACUCGUGGUGCACUAUCUCUGCCGUAAAUGCGCCUCCCAGCCGAUUUCGGUCCCCAUAAUUGCAGAGGUUGAUCUCUACAAGUAUGAUCCCUGGGAUCUUCCUGAUUUGGCCUUGUACGGAGAGAAGGAGUGGUAUUUCUUCUCGCCCCGAGACCGGAAGUAUCCAAACGGAUCGAGGCCGAACCGGGCGGCCGGCAGUGGCUACUGGAAGGCCACCGGGGCCGAUAAGCCCAUCGGCAACCCCAAGCCGAUGGGGAUUAAGAAGGCGCUGGUGUUCUACGCCGGGAAGGCGCCGAGAGGGGAAAAGACAAAUUGGAUCAUGCACGAGUAUCGGCUGGCAGAUGUUGACCGCUCGGCUCGCAAGAAAGGCGGCAGCUUAAGGCUCGACGAUUGGGUGCUGUGCCGCAUAUACAACAAGAAGGGGAGCAUCGAGAAGAUGAGCUCGUUCGUCGGCGAUAAAGUCAGCGAGCCAGCGGAAGUGUACGAGCAGAAGCCGGACAUCCUGAGCCGCGGUGGGGGAGGGCUGCCGCCGCCGCCGGAGAGCUCCCUGACGGCGGGGGUGUUCAGCGAGCUGGCGUACUUGGACUCGUCGGAUUCGGUGCCGAAGCUCCACACGGACUCGAGCUGCUCGGAGCACGUGGUGUCGCCGGAGUUCGCGUGCGAGCGUGAGGUCCAGAGCGAGCCGAGUAAGCUGACGGAAUGGGAGAAAGCCGCCCUCGAGUUUCCCUUUAAUUACAUGGAUGCCACCAUGGAGGGCGCGUUCACUCCCCAGUUCCAGAGUAAUCAGAUGUCGCCGCUGCAGGACAUGUUCAUGUAUCUGCAGAAGCCGUUCUGAUCUGGGCCCACAAAAAAUGGGGGAGUGAUCGGACGGCGAGUCGCGUGGCAGGGGAUAAUACCCCCCCCAGCAAUCACAUGAGACGAGGGAGUCCGUGAUUGUGAAUGUGUGGGGCGGGGGCAAUCGUGGUAUUUUAGUAGUAGGUAGCAAAGCGUAAAGCUUAAAAGCAUGAUGCAUGAUUAAUGUCGAUUUAGGAGGUGGUAUUAUUAGCGACAGAUAGAAGGAUGGUAUUGGUGAAUGGUGAAUGUUGGUUGCCUUGCCUUGCCUAGGUUGGUUCUUGUCCUCUAUGUCAAUACAUUACAUGUGUAUAAUGCCGUCUUUUAACAUAUGCAAUGUUCGUUGGACA